AUGAUUUCCCGCCUUCGCGCUCGCAUACCAAAAUUUCAUGAGACGAAAGAUGAUACAACUGCUGCCUUCAAACCCGGGUCAGUUCUUGCAAUCAACCUAGGUAAAAAUAAAUCCUCUCCGGUCGAGUCUCCGGAUGAUUUUGUCACUGUCCGAACAUACCCGGACUUCGGUAUGACCUUUGCCAUCAUUUUGGCGCUAUCUGACGACCCUUCAGCGGUCUUCAAAAUCGAGAGCUACGAACUAGAACCAUCGCCAAUAACGGAACGACGACCGCGCUUGGUGCUGAAAGUCGCACCUGACCUAGAGGAAUCACAAAUUAUCGAUAUUGCAGGUCCAAUUCGCAAGAGCAAUAUUGAUGGUGUCAUCGUCAGCAACACUUCUAUCAGUCAUCCCGCAAGUCUUACGGAUCGCGGUCUCUCGGGUGCUCCCUUGAAGCCGCGUGCAUUACAAGCUUUGAAAACGCUACGCGGGCACGUCCCUGAAAGUAUUCCACUGUUAGGUUGCCGGGGAAUUAGUACGGGCGCUGAUGCGUUGGAUUAUGCUCGGGCGGGUGCUUCAUUGGUUCAAGUGCACACUGGUUUUGGCUAUGACGGUGUAGGGACUUGUAGACACAUCAAAGACGAACCGGAGGCUCUGCUCAGAGCGGAAAACACGAUAUGGAAGGCUGUUGUUGAUGAGUCUGUGCGGAAGCUCAGUUUGACAGAGUCGUGAUCAGACUCAAAAGCCA